UAGCGGUCGACCGGACCGGCCGCGCCCGUGUGCCCCAAAAUUAUUUCCGUAUUUUUACAAAAAUUGCAUAUUACAAUAACUGCAAAGAGAGUAGAAAGUGUUAGUGUCGCAUACAAUUUGAGUGUUUAUCGCGGUAGGUGCCGGGCGAUUGCAACACAUGUGGCAGAAGGGUAUAAGGUUCGAUACCGCUUGGCACAAGCCUGGGUAGUUCGUGUGUAUAGCCCUUUGUCCGUAGGAAUGACACGGAUGUGUAUUGGCAUGUGACGCGGGCGUGAGUGAGCGGCAUGCGAGGCGAGCGCUCUAGGCGGGCCGCGGCCUCGCUCGCCGCGCUCGCGACGCUCAUAGCGCUUACACUUCCGCCGCUCUGCUUGGCGCAGUACGACACGGCGUCCAAUAAGAACUCGCGCGGACGCUAUGGCGACACGUGCUCUACCGCGGUGGACUGUAACUUCACGGACUCGAUAUGCGAUGAAGUGCAAAAGAUCUGCAUGUGCCAUCCCGACGUGCCGGUCAGCAAUCACGUCGACAAGUGUGGCAAACCUGCAUCAAUAAACGAAACAUGCAUGUUUAAUGAGCAAUGCGAAGAUGUAAACUUUAAGACUCAAUGCCGCAAUGAACGAUGCGUUUGCAAGUUUGACAUGAUACCCGAGGUUACCGUCGAUGGCAGUGUUACUUGCACUGCCGACAAGAGCCCGGAGACUCCUAUAAGGACUUUGGACCCUGCAAUGAUCGGUGUCCUUGUUGGGAUGGCGCUAAUGUUCGUAAUCAUUUGCGUUGUUCUUCGGCUAUUCAGCAGGGCAAGAUGGAGAGAGAACCGCACAAUUUUCAACACACCAAACCCAAGACUAAUGAAUGUGUCUUUAUUGAGAGAUUCUAAACUAUUACACGCACAGGAUCGUCGUGGAUCCCGCGUAAGCGUUCGGCCUCCGUCGAGACAGGCUAGCCAACAGGAGUUACGACCACAUUCACCAAGUCCAGCACGCCAUCACCAAAGCCAUCAGUUACACCGAAAACCCUCAGGUUCUCGUCGUGGUUCAAGAGCCAGCAGUGGACAUUCUGCUACGUCACUGCGAUCAGCAACUCUUCGUUCACCAACUACAACUGGACCGACUUCGGUGACUGUAGAAAUAAGAGCCCCAGAUGCGUAAAAUUAUACAAACGACACUUCUAAAUAUGUCGUAGGAAUCGAAUAGUUCAAAAUGAUGAUAAUUAUGAAAGUAUAUUAGGUAUAAAGCUAAAUGAUGCUUCUAACGUGUAAUCAGGGAACGCAAAGUCUGUAUUCGAAGCUAAACAAAAGUAAUUUGUAAAAGCAUUCAGUCCAGUUUACCGUAUUUGUGAUAAUGUUUACAAAUCGUUCAACAUUAAAUUAGGCUUACAUUCAUCCAUUAAUUAUUAUUGUAGCAAUAAAUUCAUGCACUAAUUUAUCUGUCGUGAAAUCAGCCACUUCAAAAGUGCCUCUACUCUUAAAUCAAUUAAUGAUUUUGUCUCUAAUAAAUUAUAAACUUAAUCUAAAUAAGUUAAUAAUAAAUCACAAUGUUAGAUUUAAAGCAGUUAAAUACAUAAAAUAGUAUAUCACGAUCACCGUUCAAACAUUAAGUCACUUUUUAUUAUUAGAGGUAAUGCACAGUUCUAAUAUAUUCAUAAUUUAAUUAAAGUAUAGUCAAGUAAUAGGGAAAAAUUUAGCUUUUCUAGCAUUAGGAGAGAGCGCUUUUUGGCAAAUUUUGUAGUUCGAUAGUUUUUAGUAAAUUGAUUAAUGAAUUAAGAUCACAAUUUCAGAUUAACUCUUCUUUUCUAGAUUUCCUUGUAAGUAAAAGCUAGAUUUUGUGAUUCCCUGCCUUAGAACUAUAAAGUAGCUAAUAUCUAAGCUAACAUUUAUUUACGGGGACCAUCUCCUGGUGAGGAGUGAUCUGAUGACUAAAUUGGAUAGUAAUUAGGAUGGAGGGUAGCUUCUAUGUCGCUUUCUAUACCUAAUUAUAACGAGGUAAUUAGUAAUAAGAGUUUCAAUUAAACUUAGUUUUAAGGUGCGAACGAAAUGCUUUUCUUUAACGUUUCUAUGAGAGACAGUUGUGAGUCGAGUUAAGGUUUCAAAUUAAGUUCUCGUUUAGUCUUCUUAGGUACUUCUUAUAUAGUGAUAAAUUGUGUAAAAUGGGGAAAUUUACACAAGUAAUAUUAAGAUAUUGCACUUCUGAAGCUUCGACCAAAUUUUAUGCAAUACGCACAAGCGUUUAGUACAGAGUUAGAGAAUUUAUGAUAAUUAAAUGCCACUAUGCAUAUUAAUGCGAAUAAACUGUAAUCAUCUUCAUUUCAAGUGUGAGGCAUACUUGAUUUAUGGGGAAGACUUGAAGUAUGACUCACACGAAAACUAUCACUGUCAUUUUUGAAUAAAGCAAAUUAAUAUUUAUACUGGUAUAAGCUAUUGUAUCUUAACAUAAAGUAACAAAUAAUGCUCACAUUAUAACAAUGUAUUUCGGACACUGUGCUAGUUAUAUACCUACUGAAAAUUUAUGCUGUAAUUUAAUUAUACUAUGAACUUUUAU